AUGGCGACGCUCGGGCUCGACGAUGACGAGCUCAAAUCCGUCGAGCAGAUGGUCUCGAGAAUCUCACAGCUCUCAAGCAGCAUCAACAGCUUGAAGCACGACCUCCUGAGAUCCGCACCGCUCCCCCCUCCGUGCGUCUCUCACCACCUCCCCGAUCACCCCGAAUGACGCAAACCUGCUAACGUCCACGGGUUCGCGCAACAGAUCCUCCUUCCAGGCCUCGGCCCAGAUCCUGCAGCGCAACCUCCAGACCAUCCUCGACAGCAUCACCGAGAACUCGGAGCUGUUCAGCCAGAUGGCCCUCCACCCGUCGACCAACUUCCCCGGCCGCACGCAGGAGGGCAUCCUCUCGAUGCUGCUGCGGAGCAAGCUCGAGCCGCAGAUGGAGGAGCGCGUGUCGCAGGGCCUCGAGACGGCGCACCGGGCCACGCCCGAGGGCAUCGCCGUCCUGCAGGAGGUGUGGGACGAGUGCAGGCGGUGGACGCAGGAGCGCAUCGCCGAGUACGUGUCCGAGGAGGCCGACGACGUGUACACCAAGCAGGAGAGGGACGCGGGCGUGGAGAAUGUGCGGACGGGCCUGCGGAGGGAGCUCGAGGAGGACGAGAGCGACGACGACGACGGGGAGGACGAGGACGAGGUCGAUGACAGUGCGAGGGGAUCACAGCAGCAGCAGCAGGGUGCGCCGCCGGUUGCGCGGGGGCCGGAGCCCGAGACGUUGAUGUGGUUUGCUGCGCGGGGGGACUUUUCGGUGCCGCCGAAUAUCGAGUUUGAGCGCAAGAUGGAUGUGUACCGAGGGCUGCAGGGCGUCAGCAUACCGCCUGAGCCGAUGCAGCAAGGUUGA